CGUACACAGCUGCUCGCUCUGCUGCUGCAAGGAUCCGUUGCUGUCACACGCCAGGGGUCACCCGCACCUUUUGGAUCACGGCGGUGGAAUUACCAGCUCACUUCUCGUCCCAUAACCGCCAGCCCGAGGCCCGGGAGGUGCUCCUGCGUUGCUGUUUCCCUCCAAACCUACUUACAAGCCGAACUACAAGCCCCUGAAGACGUCAUGUUCCCGCGAGAGACCCAGCACAGAAUCCUCAACCUAGCGCCGGCGGGAGCCGUCGCCAGCAGCGGACCAAGUCUUGAUGGCAGCAAGUUGAUUCAAGUGGUGGCUGGAGCAGGGAAUGGGACAAAAGAGUUCCUUGUGGCUCAACCUCAGACUCUUCUCAUUGAGGAGGCUAACUCUCCCUAUGCUGUAACUACUGGUCACAUCCUCACAACCACACACCCUCACCCUUCCAUUCCCAUCGCCCACCCCUCCCUCCUCCACCCAACUCACAUAUCACUCCCUCACACCCGGCACCAAUCACCGGGCGCACAGCAGCCUCAGCUUGUGACCGCCACUCCAGCUGCGCUCAAUGUUUCCCUCUUACACAAUGGAUCGAUCUUGUCUACCUCUCUGCCACUUGUCAGCACAUCUGCUCCACAAAUCAUUCCAGAAACCUCUUCCAACCACGUCCUCCCUGUCUCUUCCUCCUCCUCUUCUACCCUCUCCUCCUCCUCCUCCUCCUCUUUUUCUUCUUCUCUCCUCUCCUCUUCCUCUUCUUCCCUCUCCCUCACCUCCUCUUCCUCCUCCUCACCAACCAAGACCCCCGCUCCUACCAUUACACUAACCAUUCCUUCCUGUACACUUGGACUACAAAUGGUGCCGUCUGGUGUCAAUGGAGCUGCCACUCUGAUCCCUGUUCUUCAGCAAACAGAAGGGGGAAGGGGAGAAGACGAGAAAGAGGGAGGGAGAGAAGGACUAACAGUUCUUGCAUCUCUACAGCCCAAUGGAGGGUUGGUUGCUCAGCUGCCUGUCCAGCUCACACUGAGUCCAGAGCAAGUUGCGUCUCUAUGCAACAUCAAUGGUGUUAUUGGAGGAGAGAGGGUGGAGGAGGGAGGGGGAGGGGGUGGAGAGGAGGAGAAGGAAGAGCAGAAUGGUGAUGGGGUGAAGUGUGAGACUCUUGACGAGGAGGCGAGGGAGAGUGGGAGUGGGGAAGAAGAGAGAGAGGAGGUGGAGGGGGAGCUGGUGGAAGGAGAGAGGGAAGGGGGUGAAGUGGCGAGGGUUGAAGUGGAAAGUGACAGACAUGAGAAACUAGCGACAUCGUCGUCUCCUCGUAUUCUCCAGCAGUCCUAUGCCUACGUGAUGACUGACAGUUCUCAAGUGGAUGCGGUGCACCGUCUCGUAGCUCCAUUUCAACCUUUUAACCAGCACCAAAGCCCCAUCUUCCUGUCGAGCAGAGUACCGGCAGCUACAGUGGAGGGCCGAGUGCGGUACAACCUCCUCGCGCCCUCCUUCCCCUCUCCCCUCCCCCUCCCCCAGCACACCUCCCCUCACCACUCUCCCCAGGCCCACCCUUCUCCCUCCUCCUCACCUCCCACUCACAGAAUUCAGUGAUGGGCGGCUGACAUGGCGGUCAGCGAAAUCCAGCAAGCAGCAACGUCUGAUAAUAUUCUGUGGGAGCCUGGGAACGAGGCUACUCCUACAAAACACUCGGCACAAAUUUACUCAUCUUUCUCAUCCACUGAAAUUAUUUUUACGUCUGGUGAAUGGCUUACUUAUGUACGUAUCUUGAAAGUGAUAAGUGUUUGUGUGUUUGGGGUUUUAGUAGUGCAGUUCCUUAUAAAGAUGACCCAAAUGACUGCAAAACCUAUUCCCGUCUUAUUACUUGCUCAUGGGAAACAGCUUUGGCUAUUGUGAAAUUGAAUGUGUGAUGAUGUCAUCUUUACUCGAUUGUUAUUGAGGUAGGAGGGAGAUUUUAUGUGGAGCCAUUUCUUACCAGUGCAUGAUCGUGUGGUUGUAGUGUGGUGUGUGUAUAUUUGCCGCUGUAUUUGGUGGAAAAUGAAUAUGGAAGGUGGAUGCUUUUGGGAUGAAUAUUUGGCAAAUUUGAGUUAGUACACUUGCGAAAAA